AUGCCGGCUGAGAGGCGCUCUUUGAGAUCAAACAACAAGUCAGAUACCUCUUCGUCUGCUAACGGUGAGAAGACACGCUCUGGUUCACAGAGUUCGAGCUCCAAUAAGGAUAAGGCAGCGCCUACUCGCGCCGCCGCCAACAAGGCCAAGUCCACGAAGGCUGCCUCUUCGAACACCGGUUCAGACUCCGGCAUGGGAGAACAGCGAGAUCAGGCGCAAACUAACGGUGCCGAUUCGACGAAGAAUGGCAUGAAUGGGUCUGAGGACGUCGAGAUGGAAGAGGAUACGGCAGUGCCUCCCACCAAGGGCUCCAGGGUAUCCGGCGACAAAGGCCAGGACCAGGAAGGCGAUAUAGCCGUGGAGGGUACCGAAGGCGAGGAGCCUGUGUCUGAGAUUGACCCUAGGACCAAGGCAAUCCAAGAUAUCAAGGCAAACUUCACGCUUCUUGAACGCGCUGUCACCCAUUUCGAUCCCAGGUUCACUCUCCGCGUCUUGAGAUCCAUAUCAUCAAUGCGCAAACAGAUCACAUCGGAUGUGCUAGCAGAAAUCAUCGUUAGCGCUUACCCCAAAUCAAACACCUUUGCCUCGUUCUUGUUGGGUGCUAUCGAUCAAGGGAACGCUUUCGAUGAGGCUGCUGGUUCAAAGAUGGAAGUUGACACUGACAAGACGAGACCUUCUACAAAAGAAGUUUUACCUGAGAUUGACACCUAUCUGUCUAUCCUAGUUCAAAUUUAUCUGUAUGAUCGAAAGGAAAUUCAGAAAGGCGCCAAGUUCUCGACAGGUCUGAUCGAACGACUUCGAACGCUAAACCGCCGUACACUCGACUCUCUUGCCGCCCGUGUGUACUUUUAUUAUUCCCUCUUCUUCGAGGAGAUCGCUCCUCUUCCACCAUCUCCCGCUGCAACGGUCACUUCAAUCCGCCAACCACUCCUUGCGGCCCUUCGGACGGCAGUCUUACGAAAGGAUGUGGAUACCCAGGCCACUGUGAUGACGCUUCUUCUCCGCAACUACCUGUCUACCUCUCAUAUAUCACAGGCUGACUUGUUGAUUUCGCACAACCACUUCCCGCCAUCGGCAUCGAACAACCAAAUUGCUCGAUACCUUUAUUACUUGGGUCGCAUUCGCGCUAUUCAGCUACAGUAUACCGAGGCUCAUGGCCAUUUGAUCGGUGCCACCCGGAAAUCGCCCUCAAGCCACAGUGCACGGGGGUUCUACCAAGCUUCCCACAAGCUUCUUGUAGUUGUUGAGCUUCUGAUGGGCGAUAUUCCUGACCGUGCGAUAUUCAGACAGGCGGCUCUUGAACGGGCUAUGCAUCCUUAUUUCUUGCUCGUUCAGGCCGUCAGCGCUGGUGACCUAGAUGGAUUCUUGAACAUUGUAAAUACGUACAGUUCAACUUUCCGGAAGGAUGGUACCUAUACUCUCAUCCUACGUCUGCGACAGAACGUGAUCAAGACGGGCAUCCGCAUGAUGUCUCUCUCAUACUCUCGCAUCUCGCUCAGAGACAUUUGCCUACGCUUGGGCUUGGAUAGCGAAGAGUCAGCCGAGUAUAUUGUUGCCAAAGCUAUUAGGGACGGUGUUAUUGAAGCAACCCUAGACCAUGAGCGGGGAUUCAUGAAGAGCAAGGAGGUCGGCGAUAUAUACGCUACUAGGGAGCCUGGCGAAGUCUUCCAUGAGCGUAUUAGGGCAUGCUUGGGUUUACAUGACGAGAGUGUCAAGGCCAUGCGUUUCCCGAUGAACCAGCAUCGCCUUGAACUCAAGAGCGCGCAGGAGGCAAGAGAGCGCGAGAGGGAGCUGGCGAAGGAAAUCCAGGAAGGAGACAUAGACGAUGAAGAUGCGGGUGGAGACUUUGAUGCCAUCUAA